UUGGCUACGGGUGUGUGUGGAAUGUUUCGGUGCCUGGGUAAACCCUGCAGGUUGCCUGUGCAGAAGAGCCAUGCAAUAUCCUGAGCACAAAGCUACAGUGUGACCCUACACUACGCUAGCAACGCACAGGACAGGAGUCUAAACAAAACCAAACAAAUCCCAAACACUGCAAAACAAUCAACACAGAGCCAUCCGUCUCCUGAGGACUCACACGGACAGGGCCUCAUCAUGUUAAUCUCACUGGACAGACACGUGGCCUAUAGCUCUCCACUGCUGGUUCUGGUUCUGGUUCUGAGCGCCAUGCACGGUCCAGUCUGGGGCUCCACCCUGGACGUGGAUUACGGCGGGGUUCCGCUCUGGAUCAACCGGUUCCUGGGAGAACCGAGCGUGCUGAGCCUGAGGGGCCGGAUGGACCCGAGCUGGUUCCGAGCGGUGAACACCCAGAGCUGCCCCUCGGAGUGCGAGUGCCCAGUCCAGUGGCCGACAGCGCUGUACUGUGACCACCGGGCACUGGGCGAACUGCCCGCCGAGCUUCCAGCCAGAACCCAGUACCUGUUCCUCCAGGGGAACCAGUUGACCGGGUUCCGUCCAGAUGCCUUCGCCAACGCCACGGGGCUUCGCUGGCUCUUCCUUGACCGGAACCAGCUGCUCAGCGGGCGUCUGGAUGCCGGCCUGUUCUCCGGUCUGACCCGGCUGGUCAACGUGUUCAUGAACAACAACAACCUCACCGAGGUGCCGAUGGGGCUCCCGGCGGGGGUGCGGCAGCUCCGGCUGGCGUACAACCACAUCGAGAAGAUCCCUCCCGGAACGUUCGAGAACCUGCGGAACCUCACCACGCUGCUGCUCCAAGGGAACCGUCUGAAAGUGGUGGGAGAGUCCGACUUCAAAGGCCUGUCCUCCCUGAGCCUGCUGGACCUCAGUGGGAACCUCUUUGAGACAUUUCCCCGCCACCUGCCCCCCUCCGUCUCCCAGCUGUACCUCUCCAACAACUCCCUGGUGGGCGUGGAGGGGGGCAUCCUGCAGGGUCUCCCCGGCCUGCGCUACCUGCGCCUGGGCAGGAACAUACUGAGGGACGGGGGCAUGGAGCCUGGGGCCUUCAACCUCAGCUCGCUGGUGGAGCUGGAGCUCUCCUACAACCAGCUGACCCGCAUCCCCGUGGUGCCCACCACCCUGCAGUACCUUUACCUGGAGGCUAACCAGAUCUCAGUGUUCAACGUGUCCAGUCUGUGUAGAGAGGUCAGCAUCACUGCCUACUCCCGCAUCAAGAUUCUCAGACUGGACGGCAACAAGCUCCGCCCACACGAGCUCCCAGCAGACUGGGCCAUGUGCCUACGGGUCCUUCAUCACAUUUACAUAUAGCCCCGCCCACAGCCGUCAUAAGCAUCAUCACAUUUACAUAUAGCCCCGCCCACAGUCCUCAUAAUCAUCAUUACAUUUACAUAUAGCCCCGCCCACAGCCGUCAUAAGCAUCAUCACAUUUACAUAUAGCCCCGCCCACAGCCGUCAUUAGCAUCAUUACAUUUACAUAUAGCCCCGCCCACAGUCCUCAUAAUCAUCACAUUUACAUAUAGCCCCGCCAACAGCCGUCAUAAUCAUCAUCACAUUUACAUGUAUCCCCGCCCCCAACCUUCUACUCAUUAUCAUAUUCCCAUUCAACUCACCCCAAACAUUUAGUCUUAAAGGGACACCAGGCAAGCCUGAUGCUUUUUCUCUACGAAACUCCCCCUCGC